UUUGCGAGCCUCCGGCGAUCUUGGCGCGUGUAUUCUGCUUCAAGUCGUGAGGCGUAGUAUUACAAGGCAAGGUGCGCAGUGUUCAAGAUGCCAUUUUACCAGUUCAACUCGUUCACAGGUCGAAUUGCGGAAACAACACACCUGCAACCAUUAUAUCCACUCGCUCCUAACCGACUGGAUCGUGCAGACCCACCAAAAAUCAUGUAUGACUCUCCGCACACAAAACCUGUGAAAGUGGAACCCACGUCAAAAGGAAGGGCAUUUUCCACCGUACCACCAGACGUCCUCAAAAAAAUGGAAAAAUUCCAGGUUCCCAACAAUAUUCCUGUGUACCUCAAAGGAGGAAUGGGUGACAAAGUUUUGCUUGGAGCGACCGUUGCCUUGAUAGGAUUUGGAUUUGCCACAUCCAUCAAAAUGAUCUAUGAUCUCAGUUUUCCCAAGAAAUAAUUUCUUCGUUACUUACAGUUUAACUUGAUAGAUUUGAAUAGCAUAUUACGAGCAUCUAAGUCAAUACCUAAUGCUCUAACUCUGUAAAAAUAACAUUCACCUGCAUAAAAAGAUUUAUAGAGAGAAAGAAA